CUCUUGAGGCGCCCCAACAGCUUACCCAAGCCUGCCUGCAUCGCGCCCCUUGCCAUAAGGCUAUAGCUUUCCAACUUCAGCUACAGUGAUAGCUAAGUUUGGAAAGAAAACAAAGAGAAAUCCCGGGGCGCCUUAUUUUUUUUUUUUUAUUUGCUAGUGUGUUGUUUUUGUUUUGUUUCUUUGCUUUUUGGUGGUGCUAUCUCCAGUUAUUUGCACUCCAGUUAACGACAAACAACAACAAAACAUCAAUAGCAGCAGCAAAAGCAGAGGACAAAGAAAAGUCAACCAAGUCCUCCUGGUGUCAUGACCCGGACAAAUGACCAAAACACUCGUGGAGGAUGCUGUGGAUCCUUUAAAGAGUAUGUUACCUCUGCAAAAUUUCUUCUCUACCUUGGUCAUUCUCUAUCCACCUGGGGAGAUCGGAUGUGGCAUUUUGCAGUAUCUGUGUUUCUUGUUGAACUCUAUGGAAACAGCCUGCUCUUAACAGCUGUCUAUGGACUGGUGGUGGCAGGCUCUGUUCUGGUUCUGGGAGCCAUCAUUGGAGAUUGGGUAGACAAGAAUCCAAGACUGAAAGUGGCUCAGACUUCUUUGGUUGUGCAGAAUGUUUCAGUCAUUGUGUGUGGCAUCAUCCUGAUGAUGGUUUUCUUACAUAAAAUUGACCUUAUGACCAUGUAUAAUGGAUGGAUUCUUACUUCCUGUUAUAUCCUGAUCAUCAGUAUUGCAAAUAUUGCAAAUUUGGCCAGCACUGCUACUGGGAUCACAAUUCAGAGAGACUGGAUUGUUGUUGUUGCAGGGGAUGACAGAAGCAAAUUAGCAGAUAUGAAUGCUACAAUAAGAAGAAUCGACCAGUUAAAUAAUAUUCUGGCCCCAAUGGCUGUUGGUCAGAUAAUGACAUUUGGCUCUCCAGUGAUUGGCUGUGGGUUCAUUGCUGGAUGGAAUUUGGUCUCCAUGUGUGUGGAGUACUUCUUACUUUGGAAAGUUUAUCAGAAAACUCCAGCUCUGGCUUUGAAAGCCCUUCCAAAAGCAGAUGAAACCGAACUGAAACAAUUGAAUUUACAGAAAGAUAUUGAGUCAAAAGCCCAGGAGGGAUCCCAUCUGAUGGGUGAAAAAGAUCCUAAGAAGUAUGAGUUUGAGAACGAAAAAGAGCCUGGUUGUGCUUCCCAGAUAGCAGAACCUUUCCGUACUUUCCGUGAUGGAUGGAUCUCAUACUACAACCAAUCAGUGUUUUUGGCUGGCAUGGGUCUUUCUUUCCUUUAUAUGACUGUCCUGGGCUUUGACUGUAUCACUACUGGCUACGCUUACACUCAGGGUCUGAGUGGCUCAGUACUCAGUCUUCUCAUGGCAGCCUCAGCCAUCACUGGUAUUAUGGGAACAGUGGCUUUCACCAAACUACGUCAAAGGUGUGGCCUGGUUCGAACAGGUGUGAUCUCUGGAAUAAGCCAGAUGGCCUGUUUGACCCUGUGUGUGAUCUCUGUUUUCAUGCCUGGAAGUCCUUUGGAUUUAUCAGUUUCUCCCUUUGAAGACAUCCGUACUAGAUUAAUUCAAAGUGAGGAAUUGCGCCAAAUAGUACCUACAGAAAGACCUGAAACUUCCUUCUCAACUGGAAUGCACAACUUACUAAAUGAGUCUUAUCCUACUAAGGGAUACCCAGAAAUGAGUCCUAAGCCUGUGUCUUUAAUCUCUGUCAGUCUGCUCUUUGCAGGGGUCAUUGCUGCUAGAAUUGGUCUUUGGGCCUUUGAUUUGACUGUGACACAGUUGCUGCAAGAAAACGUAAUAGAAUCGGAACGAGGCAUUAUAAAUGGUGUACAGAAUUCUAUGAACUAUCUUCUAGAUCUUAUUCAUUUCAUCAUGGUCAUCUUGGCUCCCAAUCCUGAAGCUUUUGGUUUACUUGUAUUGAUUUCAGUCUCUUUUGUGGUAAUGGGCCAUAUGAUGUAUUUCCGCUAUGCCCAGAAAACUCUGGGAAAUCAGCUCUUUGUUUGUUGUUCUGAUACAAAAACAGUCUCCAGUGAAGCAGAAAAUAAUGUGUCUGUUGUAUAGUGCAGUUCAUUGCUGCUACCCCUGUUACGGAAUUGUAGUACCAGUCCUUAUUUUAGGGCACCCAUAAAUGGUCAAAAUGUUUCUUUUGAGUUUAUCACAGUAAGCCUUAAGAGGGGGUAAGCUUCAAAGAAACUAAAAAUGUGUAAAUAUGAUGUAAGGAAUCUCUUUCAUAUCUAGAGAUUAAACUCCUAGGAAAAAUACCCCACCAACUGAAAUUUAGGGAGUGUAUUGGUAUUGCUGAUGGUCCUUUUUUGCCCCUUUUCUCCUAGGUUCUAGAAUAGAAAAGAGAUGUUUAUGCUUUAAUAUGGUUGCUCUUUGAUAGAUGUCCAUUGUUUAUCCAUUUAUAUGCUCUAGAAUUCAGAUACAUUGCUUGACCUCUAAAAUGGCAGUUGUACUCAUUCUUCUUGAGGAAGGCUAGCCUCAUGUUCCUUUUAUCUUGUCAUCAUUUAAAUAGAAUUAUUAAAAAUAAUUUCUCCUCCAACCAUGAAAAUUGGAGUUUGCUAGCCUGGUCUCAGUAUUAUCCCAUUUAUGGUAAGAGUUUGUGAAGCACAUGGAAAGUUUUGAAAUCAACUAGUAUUCUCUUGCCAUGGAUAUUUUGGUUAAACUUGGGAAAGCACCUUUAUUUUUGUUAUUACCAUAGGGUUCAGAAUAGAGCAAAGUAUCAUAUUACACAUAUGUAGCAUUUCAUAUAAUGAACUAGCAUAUAAGCUGCAGAUAUAGUUAUAAGAUAGCAUUAUAACCAUCUUUUCCUAAGGAUGCAAGGCAUGCUGAAAGUAGUCUUCAUAUGGCAAUAAUCAGAUAACGUAAACUAGGAGCUAGAAAAGAACAUGAAAAGGGGGUGUAUCUGAAUUGUACUCCUGCCACUGAAUUAAAUCAACUCUGCAAACUUGGAUUAUAAGUGUCUCAACUCUAAACAGUUCAGAAUAAAGUAUAAAGAACAAGGAAGUUCUUGGCAAAGUUUUUGUUUUAUAAACCAUCUGACUUGCUAAACAGACUUUUAGUAAGGCAGUGGUAUCCUUUUUGUAACCAGAAACUAUUUGUACCCUUUUAUAUCCAGAAACUAUUUUAAACUGGUUGUAUAGUAAGAAUAGGUUCAUAAAUGUGUUCCAUCUAAAUGUCUUUAGAAGAAAAAUGAAGAAUGUUUGCAUUUUGCUUUAUAAGUUUUACCAGUGAUUAUUGAGUAUGCCAGCACCAGGUUGGUACUUUGGCAUUAGCCAUUGAUGCACUUUCAUGGAGACUGCAAUAUGUUGCUAUGAGCACUUUUCUUUUUUGUUGUUAAUGCUUAAUCUUUUCCUUCUUCCCUUUUCGUUUUAUCUACAGUAUGACCAUGUGAUUUACUUUGUUGUAAAGAAAAUCUUUGUAAUAAAUAUUUCUAUAUAAAAA